AUGGAAGAGGCGCUUGAGCGUGAUAAGUUCCUCACUGCUGAGGCGGCGCGGCUGCUUCAUCUCUCGCUUUUAUUCCCAUCCGCCUCAUUCCCAUCCGCCUCGCUUCCCAUCCGCCUCAUUCCCAUCCGCCUCGCUUCCCAUCCGCCUCAUUCCCAUCCGCCUCAUUCCCAUCCGCCUCGCUUCCCAUCCGCCUCGCUUCCCAUCCGCCUCAUUCCCAUCCACCUCAUUCCCAUCCGUCUCACCCAUCCGACUCGCUUCCCAUCCGCCUCAUUCCCAUCCACCUCAUUCCCAUCCGCCUCAUUCCCAUCCGCCUCAUUCCCAUCCGCCUCAUUCCCAUCCACCUCCUUCCCAUCCGCCUCGCUUCCCAUCCGCCUCAUUCCCAUCCGCCUCAUUCCCGUCCACCUCAUUCCUAUCCGCCUCAUUCCCAUCCGCCUCAUUCCCCGCCUCAUUCCCAUCCGCCUCAUUCCCGUCCACCUCAUUCUCAUCCGUCUAACCCAUCCGCCUCGCUUCCCAUCCGCCUCAUCCCCAUCCGCCUCAUUCCCAUCCGUCUCACCCAUCCGCCUCGUUUCCCAUCCGCCUCAUUCCCAUCCGCCUCAUUCCCAUCCCAUCCGCCUCAUUCCCAUCCGCCUCAUUCCCAUCCGCCUCAUUCCCAUCCGCCUCAUUCCCAUCCGCCUCAUUCCCGUCCACCUCAUUCCCAUCCUUCUCACCCAUCCGCCUCGCUUCCCAUCCGCCUCAUUCCCAUCCGCCUCAUUCCCAUCCACCUCAUUCCCAUCCGCCUCGCUUCCCAUCCGCCUCAUUCCCAUCCGCGUCAUUCCCAUCCGUCUCACCCAUCCGCCUCGCUUCCCAUCCGCCUCAUUCCCAUCCGCCUCAUUCCCAUCCGCCUCAUUCCCGUCCACCUCAUUCCUCCUUCCCAUCCGCCUCGCUUCCCAUCCGCUUCAUUCCCAUCCGCCUCAUUCCCGUCCACCUCAUUCCCAUCCGUCUCACCCAUCCGCCUCGCUUCCCAUCCGCCUCGCUUCCCAUCCGCCUCAUUCCCAUCCGCCUCAUUCCCAUCCCAUCCGCCUCAUUCCCAUCCCAUCCGCCUCAUUCCCAUCCGCCUCAUUCGCAUCCGCCUCAUUCCCAUCCGCCUCAUUCCCAUCCGCCUCAUUCCCAUCCGCCUCAUUCCCAUCCACCUCAUUCCCAUCCGCCUCAUUCCCAUCCCAUCCGCCUCAUUCCCAUCCGCCUCGCUUCCCAUCCGCCUCAUUCCCAUCCGCCUCGCUUCCCAUCCGCCUCAUUCCCAUCCGCCUCAUUCCCAUCCGCCUCAUUCCCAUCCGCCUCAUUCCCAUCCGCCGCAUUCCCAUCCGCCUCGCUUCCCAUCCGCCUCAUUCCCAUCCGCCUCAUUCCCAUCCGCCUCAUUCCCAUCCACCUCCUUCCCAUCCGCCUCGCUUCCCAUCCGCCUCAUUCCCAUCCGCCUCAUUCCCAUCCGCUUCCCAUCCGCCUCAUUCCCAUCCCGUCCGCCUCAUUCCCAUCCGCCUCAUUCGCAUCCGCCUCAUUCCCAUCCGCCUCAUUCCCAUCCGCCUCGCUUCCCAUCCGCCUCGCUUCCCAUCCGCCUCAUUCCCAUCCACCUCAUUCCCAUCCGUCUCACCCAUCCGACUCGCUUCCCAUCCGCCUCAUUCCCAUCCGCCUCAUUCCCAUCCGCCUCAUUCCCAUCCGCCUCAUUCCCAUCCGCCUCAUUCCCAUCCACCUCCUUCCCAUCCGCCUUGCUUCCCAUCCGCCUCAUUCCCAUCCGCCUCGCUUCCCAUCCGCCUCAUUCCCAUCCGCUUCCCAUCCGCCUCAUUCCCAUCCGCCUCACUUCCCAUCCGUCUCAUCCAUCCGCCUCGCUUCCCAUCCGCCUCAUUCCCAUCCGCCUCAUUCCCAUCCGCCUCAUUCCCAUCCGCCUCAUUCCCAUCCGCCUCAUUCCCAUCCGCCUCAUACGCAUCCGCCUCAUUCCCAUCCGCUUCGCAUCCGCCUCAUUCCCAUCCGCCUCAUUCCCAUCCGCCUCAUUCCCAUCCGCCUCAUUCCCAUCCGCCUCGCAUCCCAUCCGCCUCAUUCCCAUCCUCCUCGCUUCCCAUCCGCUUCCCAUCCGCCUCAUUCCCAUCCGCCUCAUUCCCAUCCACCUCCUUCCCAUCCGCCUUGCUUCCCAUCCGCCUCAUUCCCAUCCGCCUUAUUCCCCUCCACCUCAUUCCCAUCCCAUCUGCCUCUCCCUCACACCCCCAGAGCAGCGGCGCCUCUCCCUCACAACCCCCCAGAGCAGCGGCGCCUCUCCCUCACAACCCCCAGAGCAGCGGCGCCUCUCCCUCACAACCCCCAAGAGCAGCGGCGCCUCUCCCUCACACCACCCCAAAGCAGCGGCGCCUCUCGCUCACAACCCCCCAGAGCAGCGGCGCCUCGCCCUCACAACCCCCCAGAGCAGCGGCGCCUCUCCCUCACAACCCCCCAGAGCAGCGGUGCCUCUCCCUCACAUCCCCCCAGAGCAGCGGCGCCUCUCCCUCACAACCCCCAGAGCAGCGGCGCCUCUCCCUCACAACCCCCAGAGCAGCGGCGCCUCUCCCUCACAACCCCCCAGAGCAGCGGCGCCUCUCCCUCACAACCCCCCAGAGCAGCGGCACCUCUCCCUCACAACCCCCCAGAGCAGCGGCGCCUCUCCCUCACAUCUCCCCAGAGCAGCGGCGCCUCUCCCUCACAACCCCCCCAGAGCAGCGGCGCCUCUCCCUCACAACCCCCCAGAGCAGCGGCGCCUCUCCAUCACAACCCCCCAGAGCAGCGGCGGCUCUCCCUCACAACCCCCAGAGCAGCGGCGCCUCUCCCUCACAACCCCCCAGAGCAGCGGCGCCUCUCCCUCACAACCCCCCAGAGCAGCGGCGCCUCUCCCUCACAACCCCCAGAGCAGCGGCGCCUCUCCCUCACAACCCCCAGAGCAGCGGCGCCUCUCCCUCACAACCCCCCAGAGCAGCGGCGCCUCUCCCUCACAACCCCCCUGAGCAGCGGCGCCUCUCCCUCACAUCUCCCCAGAGCAGCGGCGCCUCUCCCUCACAACCCCCCCAGAGCAGCGGCGCCUCUCCCUCACAACCCCCCAGAGCAAAGGCGCCUCUCCCUCACAACCCCCAAGAGCAGCGGCGCCUCUCCCUCACAUCUCCCCAGAGCAGCGGCGCCUCUCCCUCACAACCCCCCAGAGCAGCGGCGGCUCUCCCUCACAACCCCCCAGAGCAGCGGCGCCUCUCCCUCACAACCCCCCAGAGCAGCGGCGCCUCUCCCUCACAACCCCCCAGAGCAGCGGCGCCUCUCCCUCACAACCCCCAAGAGCAGCGGCGCCUCUCCCUCACAACCCCCCAGAGCAGCGACGCCUCUCCCUCACAACCCCCAGAGCAGCGGCGCCUCUCCCUCACAACCCCCAGAACAGCGGCGCCUCUCCCUCACAACCCCCCAGAGCAGCGGCGCCUCUCCCUCACAACCCCCCAGAGCAGCGGCGCCUCUCCCUCACAACCCCCAGAGCAGCGGCGCCUCGCCUUCACAACAGGGGGAACCGUCCACUCUCUCCUUGGCUUCUGGUUGUUGCUGCUGGCCGCUCUGUCUGGUGCACGGCCUGGUUGCUCGUCGUGGUGCACUCAAAGUGUGUGGUUCCCUGUUGUGCGGGGGGAUGAUGGCUCUAUUGAUGCACGUGCCUUGCUGUUUCAAGGGGAGGCAGCAGAGGGAGGAGGCGCAUGGAGGGGUGGCAGUGGGAUGAAUAACUGCCGAUACUCACUGCGUGCUGCCGGCCCUGCUGACAGCUUCUCACCACUGUAUGCGCUCAUGUGCCGAGGGGGAGUGGGGACUGGAGGAUCAGGGAAGUGUGCCCCUUCCUUCCCUCCUGUACCUAAGUCUCCUAUCCGCGCCCUCAUCCUCUCCUCCCUUUCUACUCCUCUAUCCCCAUCUGUACCUUCCAAUCUUGACAAUUUUCACGACGCAUCCAUCUUUUGGCGCAUGGUGGUGGUGGUCCAUGGUGCUGUAGCAGUGGAGCUCAUGCAGAGUGUAGUGUAUCCCCCCUCGCUGGCUCAGCUCGCUGCUGUAGUGCCGUGGGCCACUGUCGCCAUGCGCCUACCCCUUUCCCCCUCCCCCCUCCUCCCCCCUCAGGGCGAAUGCAUUCUCCCGCUCGACACAGCAGCAGAGCACUGGCUGCAGAAGCACGGCAGUCAGCAUCAGUCAACGCCAGUCAACGCCAGUCUUCAGCACCCACACCCAUGCCAUCGCUGCCAUUAUGGGCUGAUUCAUCUGCCCUCACUUUCAUUCCCAUCCGCCUCAUUCCCAUCCGCAUUAUCCCCAUCCGCCUCAUUCCCAUCCGCAUUAUCCCCAUCCGCCCCAUUCCCAUCAGCCUCAUUCCCAUCCGCCUCAUUCCCAUCCGCCCCAUUCCCAUCAGCCUCAUUCCCAUCCGCCCAAUUCCCAUCAGCCUCAUUCCCAUCCGCCUCAUUCCCAUCUGCCCCAUUCCCAUCAGCCUCAUUCCAAUCCGCCUCAUUCCCAUCCGCCCCAUUCCCAUCAGCCUCAUUCCCAUCCGCCUCAUUCCCAUCCGCCUCAUUCCCAUCCGCCUCAUUCCCUUCCGCCUCAUUCCCAUCCGCCUCAUUCCAAUCCGCCUCAUUCCCAUCCGCCGCAUUCCCAUCCGCCUCGCUUCCCAUCCACCUCAUUCCCAUCCGCCCCAUUCCCAUCAGCCUCAUUCCCAUCCGCCUCAUUCCCAUCCGCCCCAUUCCCAUCAGCCUCAUUCCCAUCCCCCUCAUUCCCAUCAGCCUCAUUCCCAUCCGCCUCAUUCCCAUCCGCCCCAUUCCCAUCAGCCUCAUUCCAAUCCGCCUCAUUCCCAUCCGCCCCAUUCCCAUCAGCCUCAUUCCCAUCCGCCUCAUUCCCAUCCGCCUCAUUCCCAUCCGCCUCAUUCCCAUCCGCCUCAUUCCAAUCCGCCUCAUUCCCAUCCGCCGCAUUCCCAUGCGCCUCGCUUCCCAUCCGCCUCAUUCCCAUCCGCUUCAUUCCCAUCCGCCUCAUUCCCAUCCGCCUCAUUCCCAUCCGCGCCGCCCCUCACAACCCCUAGAGCAGCAGCGCCUCGCCCUCACAUCCCUCCAGAGCAGGGGCGCCUCUCCCUCACAACCCCCCAGAGCAGCAUCGCCUCGCCCUCACAACCCCCCAGAGCAGCGGCGCUUCUCCCUCACAACCCUCAGAGCAGCGGCGCCUCUCCCUCACAACCCCCCAGAGGAGCGGCGCCUCUCCCUCACUAACCCCAGAGCAGCGGCGCCUCAACCUCACAACCCCUCAGAGCAGCGGCGCUUCUCCCUCACAACCCUCAGAGCAGGGGUGCCUCUCCCUCACAACCCCCCAGAGCAGCGGCGCCUCUCCCUCACAACCCCCAGAGCAGCGGCGCCUCUCCCUCAUAACCCCUCAGAGCAGCGGCGCCUCUCCCUCACAACCCCUCAGAGCAGCGGCGCCUCUCUCUCACAACCCCCCAGAGCAGUGGCGCCUCUCCCUCACAACCCCCCAGAGCAGCGGCGCCUCUCCCUCACAACCCCCAGAGCAGCGGCGCCUCUCCCUCACAACCCCCCAGAGCAGCGGCGCCUCUCCCUCACAACCUUCCAGAGCAGCGGCGCCUCUCCCUCACAACCCCCCAGAGCAGCGGCGCCUCUCCCUCACAACCCCCCAGAGCAGCGGCGCCUCUCCCUCACAACCCCCCACAGCAGCGGCGCCUCUCCCUCACAACCCCUCAGAGCAGUGGCGCCUCUCCCUCACAACCCGCCAGAGCAGCGGCGCCUCUCCCUCACAACCCCCCACAGCAGCGGCGCCUCUCCCUCACAACCCCCCAGAGCAGCGGCGCCUCUCCCUCACAACCCCUCAGAGCAGCAGCGCCUCUCCCUCACAACCCCCCAGAGCAGCGGCGCCUCUCCCUCACUACCCCCCAGAGCAGCGGCGCCUCUCCCUCACAACCCCCCAGAGCAGCGGCGCCUCUCCCUCACAACCCCCCAGAGCAGCGGCGCCUCGCCCUCACAACCCCCAGAGCAGCGGCGCCUCUCCCUCACAACCUCCAAGAGCAGCGGCGCCUCUCCCUCACAACCCCUCAGAGCAGCGGCGCCUCUCUCUCACAACCCCCCAGAGCAGUGGCGCCUCUCCCUCACAACCCCCCAGAGCAGCAGCGCCUCUCCCUCACAACCCCCAGAGCAGCGGCGCCUCGCCCUCACAACCCCCAGAGCAGCGGCGCCUCUCCCUCACAACCCCCCAGAGCAGCGGCGCCUCGCCCUCACAACCCCCAGAGCAGCGGCGCCUCUCCCUCACAACCUCCCAGAGCAGCGGCGCCUCUCCCUCACAACCCCCCAGAGCAGCAGCGCCUCUCCCUCACAACCCCUCAGAGCAGCGACGCCUCGCCCUCACAACCCCCCAGAGCAGCGGCGCCUCUCCCUCACAACCCCUCAGAGCAGUGGCGCCUCUCCCUCACAACCCCCCAGAGCAGCGGUGCCUCUCCCUCACAACCCCCCAGAGCAGCGGUGCCUCGCCCUCACAACCCCCAGUGCAGCGGCGCCUCUCCCUCACAACCCCCCAGAGAAGCGGCGCCUCUCCCUCACAACCCCCCAGAGCAGCGGCGCUUCGCCCUCACAACCCCUCAGAGCAGCUGCGCCUCACCCUCACAACCCCCCAGAGCAGCGGUGCCUCGCCCUCACAACCCCCCAGAGCAGCGGCGCCUCUCUCUCACAACCCCCCAGGGCAGCGGCGCCUCUCCCUCACAACCCCCCAGGGCAGCGGCACCUCUCCCUCACAACCCCCCGGAGCAGCGGCGCCUCUCCCUCACAACCCCCCGGAGCAGCGGCGCCUCUCCCUCACAACCCCCCAGAGCAGCGGCACCUCUCCCUCACAACCUCCCAGAGCAGCGGCGCCUCUCCCUCACAACCCCUCAGAGCAGCGGCGCCUCUCUCUCACAACCCCCCAGAGCAGUGGCGCCUCUCCCUCACAACCCCCCAGAGCAGCGGCGCCUCUCCCUCACAACCCCCAGAGCAGCGGCGCCUCGCCCUCACAACCCCCAGAGCAGCGGCGCCUCUCCCUCACAACCCCCCAGAGCAGCGGCGCCUCUCCCUCACAACCCCCCAGAGCAGCGGCGCCUCGCCCUCACAACCCCCAGAGCAGCGGCGCCUCUCCCUCACAACCUCCCAGAGCAGCGGCGCCUCUCCCUCACAACCCCCCAGAGCAGCAGCGCCUCUCCCUCACAACCCCUCAGAGCAGCGGCGCCUCGCCCUCACAACCCCUCAGAGCAGUGGCGCCUCUCCCUCACAACCCCCCAGAGCAGCGGUGCCUCUCCCUCACAACCCCCCAGAGCAGCGGUGCCUCGCCCUCACAACCCCCAGUGCAGCGGCGCCUCUCCCUCACAACCCCCCAGUGCAGCGGCGCCUCUCCCUCACAACCCCCCAGAGAAGCGGCGCCUCUCCCUCACAACCCCCCAGAGCAGCGGUGCUUCGCCCUCACAACCCCUCAGAGCAGCUGCGCCUCGCCCUCACAACCCCCCAGAGCAGCGGUGCCUCGCCCUCACAACCCCCCAGAGCAGCGGCGCCUCUCCCUCACAACCCCCCAGAGCAGCGGCGCCUCUCUCUCACAACCCCCCAGAGCAGCGGCACCUCUCCCUCACAACCCCCCAGAGCAGCGGCGCCUCUCCCUCACAACCCCCCGGAGCAGCGGCGCCUCUCCCUCACAACCCCCCGGAGCAGCGGCACCUCUCCCUCACAACCCCCCAGAGCAGCGGCGCCUCUCCCUCACAACCCCCCAGAGCAGCGGCGCCUCUCCCUCACAACCCCCCAGAGCAGCGGCGCCUCUCCCUCACAACCCCCAGAGCAGCGGCGCCUCUCCCUCACAACCCCCAGAGCAGCGACGCCUCUCCCUCACAACCCCCAGAGCAGCGGCGCCUCGCCCUCACAACCCCCAGAGCAGCGGCGCCUCUCCCUCACAACCCCCCGGAGCAGCGGCGCCUCUCCCUCACAACCCCCCAGAGCAGCGGCGCCUCUCCCUCACAACCCCUCAGAGCAGCGGCGCCUCGCCCUCACAACCCCCCAGAGCAGCGGCGCCUCUCCCUCACAACCCCCCAGAGCAGCGGCGCCUCUCCCUCACAACCCCCUAGAGCAGCGGCGCCUCUCCCUCACAACCCCCCAGAGCAGCGGCGCCUCUCCCUCACAACCCCCAGAGCAGCGGCGCCUCUCCCGCCUGCGCCUGCAGGGAUUUCCCCACAUCCUCUUCCCCUCGCUGCGUUGCCCCACUGCGUUGACUCGAACCCCACUCGCUGCAUUGCCCCUCCCCAUUUAUCCCCCUGCAAACCACCUCCCUCUGCAACCCACCUCCCCCUGUGACCCACCUCCCCUUGUGACCCACCUCCCCUUGUGA